AUGAUUGGUACACCUAUCGAAAAUCUGACGCUGGCUCAGAUUAGGGAUGAGUUACGUAAUUUGUAUGGUGUGAAGGAUUUCUCGGACUGUUUAGAACUAAAAGAUCUGCAAGACAAACUCACCAAGGUUCGCGACACGGAGCCAAUAACCCAUGGACUUCGUUAUGGUCCGUUGCUGCAAAUUGGUAAUAAGCAAUCCCCAACAGGUGUAGUAACACUAUCACAUGGGUUGGGUGACUCUGCUCAUGGCUGGGAAGAUGUGGCCUCCGAAAUCUCAAGACGUCUUCCGCAUCUACUCUUUCUUUUGCCAACGGCUCCUGUGCGACCUGUCACGAUUAACGGAGGUAUGUCAAUGAACGCCUGGUAUGAUAUUACUAAUAUCAUUGGAACAGCAUCACCGCCACCGCAGGAGAGCGAGGCUGUGUUAGCCUCAGCAGAUUACAUUUGCAGUCUGGCGUACAACGCCACACAACGUUAUCACAUUCCUAAAAACCGUGUUGUAUAUGCUGGAUUCUCACAGGGAGCAGCUAUUUCACUUGCGGCCGGCCUAACCGGUCGUAUUCCCGCAGCUGGCGCGGUCGUUCUCUCCGGGUACCUCGCAGGUGGUAAUGAGAUUUUGUCACGUCUGCGCAACAAGAACGUACCUAUUUUUAUGUGUCAUGGAACACAAGAUACCAUAGUGCCAUUUGAUGCGGCAGAGCGUACAAAGGAAGCUCUGAAGAAGGCAGGUGUGAGUUCAGUAAAGCUUAAUUCAUAUCCAAUGGAGCACUCGUCUCAUCCGAAGGAAAUAGAAGAUGUGGUGAAAUUCCUGAAGCAAGUACUUCCAUAG